GGGGCGGCGCUCUGGCGGGGCCCCGGAACCUGGAUGCGUGGGGCGCGUCUGCAGCGCCCCUAGGGCCGGGUUUUGCGCCAGGCAGGUUCCCGGGCGCGGCCCGGCCCCGCUCUCUGGCUCGUCGCCUCACAGUAAAGAUGGCGCACAGCGGUCGGUGGCGCUUCCCGGCCCGGCCCGGCAGCUGUGGCUGGGGCCGCCGCGGGCUCGGGGGUUGCCGCAUGCGGGUGCCGGCCGUGCGCAGCCUGCGCGGGGACCCGCCCGAGGAGCGCCCGGGAGGGGGCGGAGGCGGCGGGGUGGGAGGAGGGGCCGCGGCGGCGGCGGGAACCAGCGGCGGCAGUGGCGGAGGGGGCGGGGCGGGCGGCUCUUCCUCGGCCUCCGCCGCCCUCGGCUCGCCGCCUGCUGCUGCUGCUGCUGCUCCUCACGGCUCUGCCGCGCCUCCCUCCUCCUCGGCGGCGGCGGGGGUGGCGCCCGGCUUCGACGCGGCGCUCCAGGUCUCGGCCACUAUCGGCAUCAACCUGCGCCGGUUCCGGGCGGCCUGCGGGGCUGAGGCAGGCAGCGGAGAGGAUGAGCAGUUCCUAGGCUUCGGUUCAGAUGACGAGGCCAAAGGACAAAGCCCCGCAAAGUCUCCCACAGUCAAGCCUAAUGCGCGCAAACCUCGUGGGAGACCCCGAAACAGCUCAGACCGAAGUUCAGUUGUGCUCUCAGAGUCCUUGCCAGUGUAUGCGCCUUCAAGCAAACCAGAGUCCAUCUCCAUGGAAAAAUUAAAGAACAAAGAAUUGAAAAGCGCAGAAAAGCGACGAGGAAGGCCCCCUGCCCUUAGCAGUGUGAAGUUCAAGAUCACCCGCACAGAGGUCACUCCAGAUGCUCAGAAGGGAGGCAAGGAGGAAAAAGAGAACCUAAAGAAAAUAAAGCGAGCACCAUCUGCUGCAUUUCAGCAUGCUGCAAAAAUCAAGAAACUAAGAGCAGGCAAACUCUCUCCUCUGAAGUCUAAAUUCAAAUCGGGAAAACUCCAGAUUGGGAGAAAAGGGGUUCAGAUUGUACGCAGAAGAGGAAGGCCACCCUCGUCUGACCGCUUGAAGACUGCUCCGGCUCUUGUUGUGAGUUCUCCGUUAGAGAAAGGCCAGAAGGUGCGAAAGGAGAAAGAUGGAGUCCCACCUCUCUCCAGAGACGAGAAGCCAGCUGUUCGGCAGAGCCCCCGCAGGCCGGUCCGGAUCAUUCCUUCCUCCAAGAGGACAGAUGCCACAAUUGCUAAGCAGCUCUUACAGAGGGCAAAAAAGGGGGCCCAAAAGAAGAUUGAGAAAGAGGCAGCAAAGCUUCAGGGCCGGAAGGGAAGGACACAGCUCAAAAACAUCCGGCAGUUCAUCAUGCCAGUGGUGAGUGCUAUCUCUUCACGGAUCAUUAAAACUCCCAAGCGCUUCAUUGAAGACGAAGACUAUGAUCCGCCAAUCAAAAUAGCCCGCCUGGAGUCCACUCCAAAUAGCCGCUUCAGUGCUCCCUCUUGUGGGUCCAGCGAGAAGUCCAGUGGCGCCUCUCAGCACUCCUCUCAGGGGUCUUCAGAUUCCUCACGGUCCAGCAGCCCCAGCGUUGAUACAUCCACAGAUUCUCAGGCCUCGGAAGAGAUGCAGGCCUUGUCUGAAGAACGCAGCAAUACUCCGGAAGCUCACCCUCCGUUGCCCAUCUCCCCGUCCCCUGAUAACGAGAGUGGUGAGAGGAGGAGGAGGAGGUUUUCUAUGGCGGAGAGAAAUGUUGUGCCUCAAGCAGCUAAGAAACUGCCCAGCCUCCAAAGUGUGUCCCAGCAGCCACCGCCACCAUCUUCCUCCUCUCCUCCGCCCCCACUCCUGACUCCGCCCCCACCGCUUCAGCCCACUGCCGGCAUCUCAGACCACGCUCCUUGGCUAAUGCCUCCCACCAUCCCUUUGGCCUCCCCCUUUCUGCCUUCCUCUGCUGCUCACAUGCAAGAGAAGCGGAAGUCCAUCCUCCGGGAGCCAACCUUCCGUUGGACCUCUUUGAAGCACUCUCGCUCUGAACCCCAGUACUUUUCCUCAGCAAAGUAUGCCAAAGAAGGUCUCAUCCGCAAGCCCAUAUUUGAUAACUUCAGGCCUCCACCGCUGACCCCCGAGGAUGUUGGCUUUGCCUCUGGCUUUUCAGCUUCUGGAGCAGCAGCAGGUCCAGCCCGGUUGUUUUCCCCUCUUCACUCUGGAACAAGGUUCGAUAUGCACAAGAGGAGCCCCCUGCUUCGAGCUCCAAGGUUCACCCCGAGCGAGGCCCAUUCGCGCAUCUUUGAGUCUGUAACCUUGCCUUCGUCUGUUAGUCGAGCGGCUGCAGGAGGCACUACGGCAGGAUCCUCUCCGAAGAAGCGGAAGAGGAGAGUGUUCAGCCCGAUUCGAUCCGAACCCCGAUCUCCCUCGCACUCCAUGAGGACAAGGAGUGGAAGGCUGAGUACCCCUGACCUGUCCACUCUCACUCCUCCGUUGCCAGUCUCUUCCUCACUGACAAGCAUUUCUGUGGGCUCCCUCACCACCAGUGCCUUAAACGCCACUUUUCCUUUUCCUUCCCAUUCCCUCUCCCAUCCUGGGGAAUCGGGAGAGAAAAGCCAGAGACUGAGGAAGCAGGCAAGCGUUCCGGCUGAGCUGUUCUCGGGAAGCCCCGCUCCGCUCUUUCCGUGGUUCACACCAAGUCCCCAGACAGAGCGGGGCAAGAACAAAGACAAAGCCACUGAGGAGCCCCCCAAAGACAAAGAAAGUGACAAAGGUCUUGAGAAGGAGAAAAGCAGAGAAAGGGCUAGAGAGAGGGAGAAAGAGAACAAGCGGGAGUCCAGGAAAGAGAGGAGGAAAAAGGCUCCAGAAAUCCAGAGCAGCUCAGCUUUGUUCCCAUUGGCUCGGGUUUCCAAAGGGAAAGUUGCUGUCAGUGAAGAUGUAGCCAUUUCCUCUUCUGCCAAAAAGUCUGCAGGCCGGAAGAAAUCGGCAGCGGCUGAUCCAGCAGCAGAUGUGCCUGCUGUAGUUCUUGUGGAGUCAGCAGCAGCCAUGAUUAAGACCAAACUACCCAAGAAAGGCCGAGGGGGGUUAGAGAAAUCCAGUCUGGAACUUGGCCUGAUUGUCCCUUCCGUGGAAAAGGAAGAAUCCCUGCGUCUCCCGGCUGCUUCGGCAAGCAUCAUGAAACAUUCCUCCAUCAGCUCAGUGCUGGCUCAUGCAGACAAACUUCCAAUGACGGACAAGAGGGUGGCCAGCCUCCUCAAGAAAGCAAAAGCCCAACUGUACAAGAUUGAGAAGAGCAAGUCCCUCAAGCAGGUGGAUCAGCCAAAAGGACAGAGUCAAGAGAGUGAUUCUUCAGAGACCUCAGUGCGAGGGCCACGGAUCAAACAUGUCUGCAGAAGGGCAGCUGUAGCACUAGGUCGCAAGCGAGCAGUCUUUCCAGACGAUAUGCCCACCCUGAGUGCCUUACCGUGGGAAGAACGGGAGAAGAUACUGUCUUCCAUGGGGAACGAUGACAAGUCCUCAGUUGCAGGUUCAGAAGAUGCUGAGCCCCUUGCGCCUCCCAUCAAGCCUAUCAAGCCAGUUACCCGAAACAAAGCCCCCCAGGAGCCUCCUGUGAAGAAAGGCCGGCGGUCAAGACGCUGUGGGCAAUGCCCAGGCUGCCAGGUCCCAGAGGACUGUGGAGUCUGCACAAAUUGCCUGGAUAAGCCAAAGUUUGGUGGGCGGAACAUAAAGAAACAGUGCUGCAAGAUGAGGAAGUGUCAGAAUUUGCAGUGGAUGCCAUCAAAAGCCUAUCUCCAGAAGCAAGCCAAAGCUGUGAAGAAGAAAGAAAAGAAAUCCAAGUCCAGUGAAAAGAGAGAGAGCCAGGCUGUGAAGAGCCAGGCAGAGCCUGGGCAGAAGGCAACUGCUCCUCCACUUACCUUGGUGAAAGAGGAUCAGGCCUCCAAAAGGGGCAGUGAACCUGCCUGGAAGCCCAAUGAGGAGAAGAGUGAGGAGGGCCCGCCACCGCUGACACCUCCUCUCCCAGACACCAAGCAGGCCCCUCUCCCUGUUGCCCGGAAAACCAGCAAGCAGGCACUGCCCCCCACGCAGGUGGCCCCCACCCCACCACCUAGUACAGGACCACCCAAAAAGGAAGCCUCGAAAACCAUCCCUGCUGAGCCCAAGAAAAAGGCAGCUCCACCACCAGAAGCGGGUAUUGAGCAAAGCAAACAGAAGAAAAUAACUCCUCGUCUAAGCUUACCAGUGAAACAGAAGCCAAAAGAAAAGGAGAAGCCUCCUCCAGUCAACAAGCCGGAAAACAGCACCCUCAGCUUGCUAAGCACUUUAUCGAAUGGCAGCAGCUCCAGGCAGAAGUCCCUGACAGAUGGAGUCCACAGGAUCCGAGUAGACUUCAAGGAGGACUGUGAGACUGAGAAUGUUUGGGAAAUGGGCGGUUUGGGUAUCUUGACGUCCAUCCCGAUAACUCCCAGAGUGGUCUGCUUCCUCUGUGCCAGCAGCGGGCAUGUGGAGUUUGUGUAUUGCCAGGUGUGCUGUGAGCCUUUCCACAAGUUCUGUUUGGAAGACAGCGAGCGCCCCCUGGAGGACCAGUUGGAAAACUGGUGCUGUCGUCGCUGCAAGUUCUGCCAUGUGUGUGGGAGGCAGCAUCAGGCCACCAAGCAGUUGCUGGAGUGUAACAAGUGCCGAAACAGCUAUCACCCAGAGUGCCUGGGACCAAACUACCCAACAAAGCCUACAAAGAAGAAGAAGGUUUGGAUCUGCACUAAAUGUGUCCGCUGCAAGAGCUGUGGAGCGACAACGCCAGGCAAAGGGUGGGAUGCCCAGUGGUCUCACGACUUCUCUCUGUGUCACGAUUGUGCCAAACUCUUCGCUAAAGGGAACUUCUGCCCCCUCUGUGACAAAUGCUAUGAUGACGAUGACUAUGAGAGCAAGAUGAUGCAGUGUGGGAAAUGUGACCACUGGGUCCACUCCAAGUGUGAGAACCUCUCAGAUGAGAUGUAUGAGAUCCUCUCCAACCUGCCAGAGAGCGUGGCUUACACUUGCAUUAACUGCACAGAACGACAUCCUGCUGAAUGGCGGCUAGCACUGGAGAAAGAGCUGCAGCUUUCUUUGAAGCAGGUUCUGACCACCCUGCUGAAUUCCAGGACAUCCAGCCACUUGCUGCGUUACAGACAGGCAGCCAAGCCCCCUGACUUAAACCCUGAGACAGAGGAGACUGUCCCAUCCCAGAGCUCCCCAGAAGGCCCAGACCCGCCUGUGCUCACUGAAGUCAGCAAACAGGAGGAGCAGCAGCCGCUGGACCUGGAAGGAGUGAAAAGGAAAAUGGACCAAGGGAGCUACACCUCUGUGCUGGAGUUUAGUGAUGAUGUUGUAAAGAUAAUCCAAGCAGCCAUUAAUGCAGAUGGAGGGCAGCCAGAACUUAAAAAGGCCAACAGCAUGUUGAAGUCCUUCUUUAUUCGGCAAAUGGAGCGAGUUUUUCCAUGGUUCAAUGUAAAGAAAUCAAGAUAUUGGGAACCUAAUAAAGUCACAACCAACAGUGGGAUGCUGCCAAACGCUGUCUUGCCCCCAUCACUCGACCAUAAUUAUGCACAGUGGCAGGAGCGUGAAGAAAACAGUUGUGCUCAGCAACCUCCUCUGAUGAAGAAAAUCAUUCCAGCUCCCAAACCCAAAGGGCCUGGAGAGCCAGACUCCCCGAUUCCACUGCACCCUUCUACUCCACCCAUAUCCAGUUCUGACAGAAGCCUAGAAGACAGCCCAGAACUGAACCCCCCUCCGGAUGUGGAGGACAACCGGCAGUGCGCACUUUGUCUGAAGUAUGGUGAUGAUGGGGGGAAUGAUGCUGGCCGUCUCCUCUACAUUGGCCAGAAUGAGUGGACCCAUGUGAACUGUGCCCUGUGGUCAGCAGAAGUGUUUGAAGAUGAUGACGGCUCCCUGAAGAAUGUGCACGUGGCAGUGAUCCGAGGGAAGCAGCUGAGAUGUGAGUUCUGCCUAAAGUCAGGUGCCACAGUAGGCUGCUGCCUGACCUCCUGCACUAGUAACUAUCACUUCAUGUGCUCCCGGGCCAAGAACUGUGUCUUCCUGGAGGAUAAGAAAGUCUACUGCCAGCGCCAUCGGGAUCUGAUCAAAGGAGAGGUGGUACCUGAGAAUGGCUUUGAAGUGCUGAGAAGAGUCUUUGUGGAUUUUGAAGGAAUUAGUUUGAGGCGGAAGUUUCUUCAUGGCCUGGAACCGGAGAACAUCCACAUGAUGAUUGGGUCCAUGACAAUUGACUGCCUUGGAAUUCUGAGUGAUCUGUCUGACUGUGAAGACAAGCUAUUCCCCAUCGGCUAUCAGUGCUCUCGAGUAUACUGGAGCACAACGGAUGCUCGGAAGCGCUGCGUGUAUACUUGCAAGAUCAUGGAAUGCCGCCCACCCCUCCUGGAGCCAGACGUCAACAGCACCGUAGAGCAUGAUGGCAACAGGACCAUCGCUCACAGCCCAGCAGAAAUUCCAGCCAGAGAGGGCCUUGUGGUAUCGGCAGUUGUGACCCCUCCCUCUUCAGACUUCCUGCCACAUUCUCAGAACUGCAAGGCUCUGCGGAUCAGAGCCCCUGCCCAGCGAUCUCCCGGCUCAAGGCCUUUGCCCUCUGCAGGGAGUCCCACCCCCAUGACGCACGAGAUAGUGACUGUAGGAGACCCGCUGCUAUCAUCUGGACUCCGGAGCAUCGGCUCCAGGAGGCACAGCACGCCCUCUCCUCUUCCCCCUCUGCAGCUGAGGUCCUGGAUGCUGCCUUCCAACAGAGCCGGGGGCGCUAACGCCAGGCACAGCAUCUCUUCAGUACCCAGCCUAGCUCCCUUGCCGGAGCAUGACUUGAGCACAAAGCUUGCAGAACGCCUGGCAGGCCCAACAGCUGUGUGCGUAGCCAUCCAGACUAGCUCUGCCCAUCCCUGUAGUCAGAAGCCAGCAGGCACAAGUGGAGGCCAAGGGGCUUCCUUGGAGGGGAGCCCAUCAUUAGAAACAACAGUGCCUCCAGGGGGGCACACCUCUGCCAAGGCAGAGAAGAGCAACCCGAGUGCUUCCCUAGGGAAUGUGAAAGCAAGCACUCCAGCGCAGAGCUCCUCUGGCACUGAGCCAAGCACCAGCAAAGCAGGGAAGCUUCCAGAGCCUUCUUCUGGGCUGUUUUCUUCCAAAGAGAUGGUAGCUUUUUCACUUUUACAUCCGAGACCCCCAAAGAAGGAGCAAGACCAGCAGGCGGAUCUCGCACAGCCAGAAAAAAACUGCUCUUAUGAGGAUCCGGAAGCAAAGACCGCCAAGCUUUCUGGGGCAAGUAACGGUUCUCCAUCUUCUGUAAGUGAUCUGACACCUUCUGUGAGCCGCGAGAGGAGGAAGAGGAGGCAGCAGCAGCAGAAGGGGAAAUGGGGAGCCAAAGAGAGACAUUGCAGUAAGCUUUUUACAAGUCCAAGCCUCCUCUCCCCUGGCAACAAGGACACUGCAGAGCCAGAACUUGUUCGUCAAGUUGUGACCCCUGAGCACGUGAAUCAGAAGCACUGUAACAGUGUUCCUGUAGAGAAGGUCCCAAACAGUCAGCUGCUUAGCCAGAGGACCUGCAAGGCUCCUUCCCCAGGCGAAGGGGCCACUCCCAAGGAUCUGCAGGCUUCCCAGAAGCGCACAGUGAAAGUCACUCUGACUCCACUCAAGAUGGAAGGCGAGAGCCAGUCCAAGAAUGUUCAGCGAGAGAGUGAUGCAGAAUCUCAGCCCAAGGAGAGCAAGCCAGCUUCUGUGGCACAGUCCUCUCCAGCUCUGGAAUGGUCAGGAAAUGCCUCUGUGGUUCAAGAAAGGCCAAGCUGUGCUUCAACCCCUGAGGCCCCAAGUGAGGCCUACCAGAGUCUUCCUGUUCAAGAGAUGCUCCAGGAGGGAGCCAAGGCCCAGGAAGAUGGGGCCUACAAGCGGCGGUACCCCCGGCGCAGUGCCCGGGCCAGAUCCAACAUGUUCUUUGGGCUGACUCCCUUGUAUGGGGUGAGGUCUUAUGGCGAGGAAGACAUUCCAUUCUACAGCAACUCCACUGGGAAGAAGCGGGGAAAGAGGUCUGCUGAAGGGCAAGUGGAUGGUGCUGAUGACCUCAGCACGUCGGAUGAGGAUGACCUUUACUACUACAACUUUGCCAGGACAGUGGUCUCGAGCACAGAAGAGCAUCUUGCAUCCCCUCACAACUUAUUCCGGGAGGAGGAACAGUGCAGCCUUCCCAAAAUCUCUCAGCUGGAUGGUGUGGAUGAUGGGACAGAAAGCGAUACAAGCAUCACAGUAUCAACAAGGAAAGUCAACCCAGUGACUAAAAGGAGUGGCAAAGAAAAUGGGACUGAAAGCGUAAAGCUUGAUCAGAGCGAGGAGAAGGCUCAGGUGGCCAAGAGCUCAGCUGGCCACAAGACAACUGAGCCAAAGAUGGAGAACUGCCGUGUCAAAACUCAGAGCCAGGAUCCUUUGGAAGCUCAGCUGAGCUCUUUAGAGGCAGGCCGCCGCCCCCGCGCCAGCACCCCUUCCGAGAAGGCCUUGCUGGACACUUUCAGCACAGAGCUGCUCAAGUCUGACUCUGACAACAACAACAGCGAUGACUGCGGGAACAUUCUCCCAUCUGACAUCAUGGACUUUGUGCUGAAAAACACCCCCUCGAUGCAGGCCCUGGGAGAGAGCCCAGAGUCGUCCUCCUCCGAGCUCCUGACUCUGGGAGAAGGGCUGGGCCUUGACAGCAACCGGGGCAAAGACAUGGGCCUCUUCGAGGUCUUUUCUCAGCAGCUGCCAACAGCGGAGCCCGCAGACAGCAGCGUUUCUUCAUCCAUAUCGGCAGAAGAGCCGUUUGAGCUGCCCUUGGAGCUUCCUUCUGACCUCUCUGUCUUGACAACUCGGAGCCCGACAGUGCCUAGCCAGAAUCAUGGCAGGCUUGCUGUCAUUUCGGAAUCUUCCCUCUCUUCUUCCUCCUCCUCCUCCUCCUCCACCGCUGGCGGCGAGAGGUCACUCUUGGCUUUGCCUUCUGCGGAGUCCGCUGAGAAGAGGGCGACCAUCACAGAGAAACCCGCCUCCAGCGAAGGGGAGCCAGCUCUGCUAAGCCCACGAGUUGACCCAAGCCCUGAAGGCCCCCUCACCCCUGACCCCUUUAUUCAAGGUCACAUCGAAGCAGAGCACAUAAGCAGCCCUCCGUGUGGUCCUGGGGAACCAGGCCGUGCAGCCGGCCAAGACCUAGCCAGGAGUGGCGGAACGCCUGGGCUCCAAGUCCCAGUUUCUCCCACCCUCCCACUUCAGAAUCCCAAAUAUGGGCCAAACUCCACAGACAGCCCUGGUCCAGCUCAGAUUUCCAACGCUGCUGUGCAGACGGCCCCCCUCCACCUGAAGGCAGCUGCUGAAAAGCUCCUAGUGGUGAACCAGAACAUGCAGCCAUUGUAUGUCCUUCAGACUCUUCCCAACGGCGUCACGCAAAAGAUCCAGCUGACGUCCUCCGUCGGUUCUGCUCAGGGUGCGUUGGAGGCCACUGCUUCUGUGCUUGGGCCCAUGGGGGGGGCAGGGCUUGCACUAGGGGCAGGUUUAAAUCCCAGCUUGCCCUCCUCCCAGCCUCUCUUCCCACCAGCCAGCAAAGGGCUGCUGCCAAUGCCCCAUCACCAGCACUUGCACUCCUUUUCUGCAGCCCCCCAAAGUGGCUUCCCCUCCACCCUGGGUAGUCCUGCCUCGGGACUUCUGAUUGGUGUCCAGCAACCGCCUGACCCUGAAGCAAGUCAGAGAGCGGAUAUUGGGUCCACAGCCACCACACCACCCUCCGGCCUCAGCAAGAAAAGGCCAAUUGCACGUCUGCAAUCACGAAAGAACAAAAAACUUGCCCCUUCAGCCAUUGCCUCUUCUGACAUGGUACCAAACAUGACAUUAAUGAGCUUCACUCCAUCCCAGCUCCCCAGCCAUCCAAGCCUGCUAGAUCUGGGGACUACCAGUAACUCUGCACCCCACAGAACAGUUCCCAAUAUCAUCAAGCGUUCAAAGUCAGGGGUUAUGUACUUUGAACACCCCCCUCUGCUGCCCCAGAGGGUGGGGGCGACCACAGCAGCAGCUGGAACAUCUCCUGGUGUGGCUGGGCCUGAGAGUGGCCCUCUUGCAACCGGACCAGUGUCAGGCCUACCCACUGCUGCAUCUGUGUUGAAUACAGUGUCCAUGCCGACAUCGUCAGCGCCUCCCGCAAGCGCAUCAGUCCCUGGCCAUGUGCUGAGGCACGGGUCUGUUGCACUACCUAGCUCCGGGAUGCCAGGAGUGUCUGACAUGGGCUCUAUCAGCAACCUGUUAAUCAAAGCCACUCAGCAGAGCUUGGGUCUUCCGGAGCAGUGCACCGCAGUGCUGCCAUCUAGCUCUGGGAUGUUUCCAUCACUUGGCGACAGCUCGUCGGCUCAGUCUGCAGCCUCUGUGACCGCAACAGCAUCCAGCAUCUGUGUCAUGCCGUCCACACAAACGGUGGGCAGGACUCCUGACCAUGAAGGCUCUUACCAGCCUGGGCCUCUGACACAGAUCCUGGCCAGCAAAACUGGGACUGUCCCACCUCAGGUGGACCUCACUCCUUCCCAAGCCCCGUCACUCUCAAGCUUUCCCCACUUGGCAGACAUUGCUAACCCUGCAGCACUAGAGCAAAACCAGUCCUCCUCCUCCUCCUCCAUCACAUGUGCCAGCUCAGCUUCCCCUGUGAGCUCCAUAUCCUCUGAGCAGCUGCCUGGAAGCUCCUCUGUGAAAGUCAAAGCCAAAGUUAAACGGAUUCAGCCCUUGUCAGACAGCAGCAACAGCAGCAAAGGGCCUGGGAAGAAGCACAAGUUGUCUCAUUUCUGGACCUGCUCCCCUGAGAAGCACCUUCCCCCAGGAGGCAUCAGUGCUGCAGCCCAGGACUUGGGUGGAGGGAGUCCUGCCCUGAAGAAGCACACGGAGGAGGCGGAGGAGGAGGAGGCGGCCACGAGUGUCGAGCAGCUCCCGCCCAGAGUGGCAGGACAAACGACAUCUGUCCCAGAAUCCCACACAGCACAGAGCACAACAAGUGAGCAAGAAUCCACAGACUCCAGAGCUCCGGAGGAUGAGGAGGACACGUUCAGCUCCCCACUCAUGUUCUGGUUGCAGCAAGAGCGGAAGAGGAAGGAGAGCCUUGCUGAGAGGAAGCCCAAGAAAGGGCUGGUUUUCGAGAUCUCAAGCGAUGAUGGCUUUCAGAUCUGUGCAGAAAGUAUUGAAGAGGCCUGGAAAUCCCUGACUGACAAAGUUCAGGAGGCUCGAUCCAAUGCCCGCCUGAAGCAGCUCUCCUUUGCAGGUGUGAGCGGAUUGAGAAUGCUGGGAAUUCUCCACGAUGCGGUCGUGUUUCUGAUAGAGCAGCUCUCUGGAGCGAAGCACUGCCACAACUACAAGUUCAGGUUCCAUAAGCCAGAGGAGGCAAAGGAGCCCCCUGUCAACCCCCAUGGCUCUGCCAGGGCCGACAUGCACCUCAGGCAAUCUGCCUUGGACAUGUUCAAUUUCCUGGCUUCUAAGCAUCGCCAGCCACCCGAGUACAACCCCAAUGAUGAGGAGGAAGAGGAGGUGCAGCUGAAAUCUGCCCGAAGGGCCACCAGCAUGGACCUUCCCAUGCCCAUGCGGUUCCGACACCUGAAGAAGACGUCCAAGGAGGCCGUUGGGGUCUACAGGUCUCCCAUCCAUGGGCGGGGCCUGUUCUGCAAAAGGAACAUUGAUGCAGGAGAGAUGGUGAUAGAAUAUGCCGGCAAUGUGAUUCGCUCCAUCCUAACUGACAAGCGCGAGAAAUACUAUGAUAGCAAGGGCAUUGGCUGCUACAUGUUCCGCAUUGAUGACUCCGAGGUGGUGGAUGCCACCAUGCACGGGAAUGCGGCCCGCUUCAUCAACCACUCGUGUGAGCCCAACUGCUACUCCCGGGUCAUCAACAUUGACGGGCAGAAGCACAUUGUCAUCUUUGCCAUGCGCAAGAUCUACCGUGGCGAGGAGCUGACCUACGACUACAAGUUCCCCAUCGAAGAUGCCAGCAACAAGCUGCCAUGCAACUGCGGUGCCAAGAAAUGCCGCCGGUUCCUUAACUGAGCAUGCCUGGCCUAGUUGUUGCAGUGGUUGGGCUCCACCAGUCUCAGGCGUGUGGCAGCUGCAUGUGGGGGCCCUCCAAGGCAAGUAAGUCAAGCCAGGCAGUUGGCUCAGGCCUGGCCAUUGGCUGGCUCCUUGUCUGUGUGGAGUGUCUCUCCCAGAAGGGUGGGCUUUGCUGUGCCACCGCAUAAGGGAGACCUCUGCAUGGCGUGCUGGGCUGCCUGCCUGGAGAGGCCGGGGGGUUCCUUCCUACACACUUGACUGAUGCCUGGUUGCCCCGACUCCUCCUCUCCAGACUUGGCGCGUGGCUAGGAGGUCUCGGGUGAGCAGUCCUCAUGUCUUGGCUUUGGCCAGCUGCUCCCUGGAAUUCCUGUGAGUAUUGCAGAGGAAUAUCUGGUCUGUAUUUGAGCAAGUAAUUAGGGCUGAGGAUUUCCAAGCGCUUUGGGAGAGCUCAGGCUAGUAGUGGAAGCGAAUCCUUAGAGGAGGAGUCCCUGCCUCUGGGAGCAGGCUGUCCUGCCUGAUGUACAGCCCCAGUCUCCAGUUGCCACUCAAGGCACCCUCAAUGGAGACUGAGGAGCCUCCCAGGCAGCGGACCUGGGGCCUUGUGGAGCACCAGCCUGCAGUAGUAGAAGCUGGUGGGGCAUUUCCUGCUGCCUCUCGAGAGAGGGGAGGCCCAGGGGUGGCACAGCUCCCAGACAGCAGCAGGCUGAGGGUUUCCCAGUCAAAGAUUUGGGACCCAGAUGGCGAAUCUCCAGAGUGACAUCUUGUGCCCAUUCUAAAGCAAACGCAAGCACAGCACAACUUCCUUCCUUUCAGCCUCCUUCAGUUGCACCCUCUUGAAUUAUGUCAUUGGAUUUUACUUGGUUCUGUUUACAGUUUAGUAUUUAAGGUUUUGUAAAUGUAAAUAUAUUUUGUAUAUUUUUCUAUGAGAAGCACUUCAUAGCGAAGAGCACUUAUGAAACUAUUUUUUCAAUUGUGGUGUCAUCCUAAUUUAAAAGAACCCAUUUUUAUUGACCUUUUUGUUUUAAUAGGAGGUUGCUGGCCAUGCCUGCAGUCUGAACCUUCCUCUGGAGAGCAGUGGGGAGGGGGACCUUUUUUAGUUACCUGGAAGCUUUGGCUGGCCCUUGAAUGUUGCAUUGUGGGACAGAAGAUUCUCACACACCUGGGAGAGGUGUUCUGAAGCUGGCAUUGAUGCUUGCUGGGCCUCCCUUGUCUUUACACAGGGAUGGGAGGAUACCUCUGGCCUGCCUCCCUCUUCCAAGGCCCAGAGAUGCCUGUCUGUGCUGCAAAUGUCCCAUUUCCCACCAAGCCCACCUCAGUGGCCCAGCAUUUCUGGCCUGCCCCAUCUCAUGCCACGAGGCAAACCAGCUUGGCUCUGGGACCAGAAGCAAAGCUGCCUGUGGCCAUCUCGGAAGGCAGCAGCGGCAGAGGCCAGGCCUGUCUGGGUGGGGCCCCUCCUGCUGCAUCGGGCUUCUUCACUCUUGUGGGGUCUUUUGCCUGAGGGGGGCAGGCCAGCACUACUAAGCCUGUCUCUCCAGCUUGAGGGGCGCAGAGGCCUUGCAAGCAUUUCUCCUGUUGGUGGAGAGGCAAAAUCCAAGCUGGGCUACACCUGACAAGUGUGGCAGAGCUUGUGGGGAAGGCCUCUGGGUGGCACAUCCUGGGGCCAAGGAGAAACACAACUCCCGUCCCCUGCUGCUCCCAAAGCCUGGUCAGAAGAGAGCCCCUCCUGGCUUCCUUCUUUCUUCCACAGGAAUCCUGGGCACGGUGCUCAGGGCCUUGGGGGCGGUGUAGGAGGAGGAGCCCGUGCCUCCGUGGGGAACUGGAUUGGGGUCCAAGCUCAUUGCCAUUUGCUGCUGCUGCUGUCCUGGCUGACCUGAGUGGCAGCCGCCCUGGCCAGUAACCCAAGGAGAGAGCUGCGUUUGCCCCUGUGCUGGGGCUCUUCCAGGAGGGAGGCGGGGAAGGAAGGAAGGGCCUGGGCUCUGACCUCCAGAGCAACAGGCGGAGCUCCAUGCAGCUUCCUGGCAAUAUGAAUGUAUAUUUCUAAGGACUGACAGAUCAUGAUACCUGAGAAUACUGAGUCAAACCUUUAAGGUGUUUAUUUUUUUAAAGGAAAAGCGGGUCACUGCAAAGGGCUUGGGGUAUAAUCUUCUCUUCCUUUUCCUCCCUUGCAAAGCAAUACCAGGUUCUUGUCCUUUGUGCAGAAUCAUGUCGUUCACACCGAUUGCUGCUCUGUCCUUCCCUCCAUCUCCUCCUCACCCACACACACUUGCAAGUUUUUAUAACUAUAAAUAUGGUAUAUAUAGGAACUUACAUCAUACUGCACCAUGUCUUGAAGCCUGGCUUUGAAUUAUCUUUAACACUAUAGAUAAAGGUUGUGUCCCAGUUGCUCAAAAGGCAGGAAAACUAACAAGCCAAAGGCUUUGGGGCCACUUGACGCCUCUCUCCUCCUCCACAGAGGAGACAACGGCGGAUGCUCCAGCUCAGCCUGCCUGCAUGCGAACCCCCAGGAAGUCUGUGGGGCCUCGGCUAUGAAUUCCCUUGACCUUCAGUGUUAGCAGUCAAUUCUUGUACAGUUCCUGUUUCCUGCUGCUGCCGCCGCCACCACCUCCUCCUCCUCCUCCUCCUCCUCCUCCUCCUCCUCUUGGGUUCUGAUUGUUGAGGUACCACAACUGCAUCAUGCGCUUUCCUGGUAUCUGAACAAUGUCCUGCAGCUUUGCCUCUCAGCUGAGAACUGUGCUUUUGGUGUUCCUUUGAUUCAACGUAGCCGUCUUUAAUAGCUACAGGUAGUGAAUAAUUGUCUCAAACUGUGCAAACGCUACACAAACAGGGUUUUGUUCCAGACAAAAAGCAACUUACCAUGUAAAACCAAUCUCUCUUAUUUUUUAUUUUGUUUUCUCUUCUUGUGUUCUUCCAAAUAGUUUGGGUUUUUUUGUUUCUUUAAAAAGAGGAAAUGCGUCUCUCGUGCUGCAUCAGUGUUAAUUCCCUGUCACUGUCACAGGGAUGAAGGAAGUACUUUCAGUAGUUCAAGAAAUGACUGAGAAGUUCCAUGAAAGACUGAAUGUAAAAACAAGUGUAUAUAGUUGUACAAAAAAAGGAGUUUUUAAACAUGUUUAUUUUCUAUGCACUUUUUUUAUUUAAGUGAUAGUUUAAUUAAUAAACAUGUCAAGUUUA